UUUCAGUUUUUAGUAAACAAUGCGGUGAGUGGUUAGGACUUUCCAUCACUUGUUUAAACGAUGGUAAACACUUUUUUAACAGGCUUAAGGUUGAUUGUUUGAGUAAAAUGUCUAAAGGGGAGCUGCUCAGAGAGUUUGUGACGGAGAGACUGGCCGCGGCCUCCCAGGAGAUCUUAGCGGUGGUGGACAGGAUCGUAGCCGGGUAUGAGGAGGAGGCGUCCGGCUUCAGGCAGGAGGUCGAGCUGCAGAAGAGGCAGCUGGAGCUCCUGCAGGCUCAGCUCUCCCGCUACCAAGCAGGUGGGAAGCCCAGCAGGAGUCUCGGCUCAGUUGAGGAGGAUGAAGAAGAGGAGGAAGAGUCCCCUGAACAUCCUGAGGACUCGGAGGACUCGACUCAUCAGACUCCGAGGUCUUUUUCUCUCAGGCGUCAGAAUAAGAGGCGGAAACCUAUCAGACCUCAGAUCAUUGAAACACAGAACGAUGUGGACCUCAGGAUCCGGAUCCUGCAGAACUCUCAGACCUGCGUGCUCUCAAACAACGUUCUGAAGAAAAGUCCAGUUCUGAGGUUUAAGUGUCCAGGCGGCCUGCAGGAAGAAGACUUUCUGGACUUGCUGAGGUCCACGUUCCCUCAGCUGUCCGGAGACGACAAACGAUUCGACGUCUUAAUGUCCGACAAGAGACGAAGGUUACAGCCUCUCAGGGUGAAGAAGCUGACGGCCGAGGAGAUCCACAGAAACAUCAGCGGCUCAGGGGGGAAGUCCAUGCUCUACAUCAGACUGAAGGAACCUCAGGCCGCCGAUGGAGACACUGAUCCUUUGCAGACAAAAGACACUGAAGACUGUCUGUCCACCGUGGAGACGUUCGAUCAAACGAGCCCCACUCAGGAGGCUGAAGGUAGCGAGGAAGACGUUUUUGGUUCAACCUCUCAACAAGACAUGGAAACAGAGCGAGCUGAAGAUGAGGAUCGUUGUGCGAUAUCAGAACCAGCUGAGAGUAAAGAGGAAGGAAGGGAUGAUACUGAAAGGGAAGACGAAAGAGAAGAACCGAUUGACGACGAUGACGAUUGGAAACCAGACAGGAGCGACGAAGAGCCGAAAGAAACCGGCUCAUCAAAGACGACUAAGUGCGAGAAAGUCAGGCGUUGUGGUGUCAAGAUCACGGAGUCAAAGACUGAGAUCAGCGACGUUCUCGCCUGCAAAGUCUGCGGAGCUCUGCACCAAUCAGAGAUCACGUUCGUCAAACACGCCUGGAGUCAUGUCGACGAUCCCGUAAGUCUUUGCGGAGUGUGCGGAGAGUUUUCAGAGUCCACCGAGGCGUUGAAGGAUCAUCUUCAAAGUCUCCACAAAACGAUGGACUGUCACAUCUGCGGAGAGUCUUUCAUCAGCGCCCUCAGCCUCGAUGAACACGUGGCCGCCCACUCGGGGGAGAAACCGUAUAAAUGCAAUGUUUGCCACGAUGCGUUUGCAUUGAAGGCGUCUCUGGACAACCAUCAAAAACUCCACCAGGCGGUGAAACCGAACAAAUGUUACACCUGCCAUAAAGUGUUCGCCCUGAAGGAACAUUUGAAACUUCACCGCAGGACUCACACCAACAAGAAGUCGCACCUCUGCGGCGUGUGCGGUAAAUCCCUCAGCGACUACAGAUCCUUAUCCCGCCAUAAGAUGACCCACUCUGGGGAAAGGCCUCACAGUUGUCAGGUUUGCGGGAGACGCUUCAAACUCCCCGGCACACUGAGGCAACACGAGAAGAUCCACACGGACCGAGAGCGGUCGUACCUCUGCGACGUCUGCUGCAAAAUGUUCCUGACAAACAAGCAGCUGCAGAUCCACAUGAGGACACACACCAACGAGAAACCUUACCACUGCGGCGAAUGCGGCAAGGGAUUCUCCACCAAGGGACCUCUGACCAUCCACAUGCGGAUCCACACCGGAGAGACACCGUACCGCUGCCCGGACUGCGGCUGGUCCUUCAAACGCAAGAUCAACCUGGAUAAUCAUGUGACGGUCCAUUCAGGCGUCAAACCGUUUGUCUGUGGGAUUUGCGGCAAGGCGUGUGCUCGCAAAUCGUACUUGACCGUCCACAUGAGGACCCACAACGGGGAGAGACCGUACAAGUGUACUCUCUGCGACAAAGCCUUCACCCAGAGCCACUGUCUGAAAACUCACAUGAAGAGCCAUCUGGUAGCGCAAACUGCAACGUGACACUCACAACGGACCAAAUUCAUACUUUCAUGUUCUCCCAUAAAACUGUGAAUUCUUGUGUUUUUCCUCUAUUUACUUUGUUUGGUUGAGCUAUACCAGGGUUGGGCGAUCGGACGAAUAUAACGAUUGAAUUCUAAUGAUUGAUGACGUUUUCAGAUUGCCUGACCCAAUUCUGUCCACUGCGCAAAGUUCAUUACAUGUCGAGAGAUGGCUGAAAUUUAAAAAAAAACAUUUUUUACACAAUGCAACUCUGGUGGUUUCUUAUGUUCAGGGUUGUCUUGUGUGCCCUCUAUUAGAGUCUUUCAGAAAUGCGUAAAAUAAAGGUAAAGUUUGGAAAAUUUGCGGCAAGGCGUGUGCUCGCAAAUCGUACUUGACCAUCCACAUGAGGACCCACAACGGGGAGAGACCGUACAAGUGUACUCUCUGCGACAAAGCCUUCACCCAGAGCCACUGUCUGAAAACUCACAUAAAGAGCCAUCUGGUAGCGCAAACUGCAACGUGACACUCACAACGGACCAAAUUCAUACUUUCAUGUUCUCCCAUAAAACUGAAUUCUUGUGUUUUUCCUCCUUUCCUUGUCUUGUCCGUGUCUUUCCUUCCUUUACUUUGUUUGGUUGAGCUGUACCAGGGUUGGGCGAUCGGACGAAUAUAACGAUUGAAUUCUAAUGAUUGAUGACAUUUUCAGAUUGCCUGACCCAAUUCUGUCCACUGCGCAAAGUUCAUUACAUGUCGUGAGAUGGCUGAAAUAAAGAAAAAACAUUUGUUACACAA